CCAGGCCAGGUUUUUACGACAUAGCCAUUCUACUUUACGGCACCACCGGUGCCGCAGAAAACGAGUGGAAGGUGGAAGUAAGAUUAGCUCUUAUGGCUAGAUGUAGUGAUACUGAGUAUUUCAUCUAGCAUAAAAGAGACAAUUGUGAUUUUUGCUAUUUGUAAAGCUUACAUGUUCGUAUCAGAAGGCAUAGCGUUAACCACAUGCUGGCAGUACAUUGACUGCUGAGGUAGAUAUCUACUUUUCUCUGAGCAUUAUAUGUAACGUUAGUUAGCUAACGGUAGCAGACAACAGUCCCUCAUCGUGUAGCCACUCAGCUUCUCUGGCUCAGGAUCUGUCUGUUUUAUUUUUUAUUUUUUACCGAUUCUGCCGAUUUUCUUAUAAACAUGCCUAUUCAGUUGACAAGUCAGGCUUACUGUAAAAUGCUUUUACAUGCUGCUAAAUACCCUCACUGCGCUGUGAAUGGAUUGCUGGUGGCAGAAAAGACGGAGAAAAAGAAAGACAGCCACGGUGAACCAAUCUUGUGUGUGGACUGUGUGCCACUGUUUCACGGCACUCUUGCUCUGGCCCCAAUGCUAGAAGUAGCUUUAACACUGAUCGAUACUUGGUGUAAAGAAAAUAAUUACAUCAUUGUUGGAUAUUAUCAAGCCAAUGAGCGCACAAAGGAUUCAAGACCCAACCAAGUUGCAGAAAAAGUGGCUGCAAGGAUUUCUGAGAACUUCAGUGAAGCAGCUAUUGUUAUGGUGGACAGUAGUAGAUUCACGAUGAGCUGUUUUGAGCCCAUUGUGCUUAUCUAUGACCAUCAUGAAAACAAGUGGAAAAGCAGAGAAGUAUCUUCUGACUGUUUUGAGGACUGGAACGAAGCACAGAAGAUCACAUCUUCUCUGUUAGAGGGCAGGUCCUACGAGAACUUGAUUGACUUUGACAAUCACUUGGAUGAUCUAAGGAACGACUGGACCAACCCUGUGAUCAACAAGUCCGUCCUGGAUCUGUGCUAAGAGAGUCAGUCCGGAGCACCAUGGACAUGCAGACAAAUAUUGCUGCCGUUUCAGCAUGCAUGGCGCUACUUAUCGUGUAGCGCAGGAGUACAAAAAUGCUGAACAUGUGGUCUUUGUUCCAUCAAAAGCCCCUCGUACUGAGGGGAACUUGCGGAGCACUGACCGGUGCGGCAAAAAAACCUCAAGGCCAAAAGCCAUAUGUGCACUGUUGGCAUGUGUCCGCCUUUUACAAGGUGAUACUGAGGUGAUGAAAGCGCAAUUAUGUUUUUGACUGCAACUUUAAUGGGUUAUUUUUCUGCAAUGAUUUGUGUUUAUUCAUAGUUGUGUGCAUAAAGUUAAAUUAUAGAGUAUUUGAUCGAUUUUCUUUCUUAAAUUUUACGACCAGUAGCCAUACAGAGAUCAAGUACUAAAUUAUUAAAAAUGUAAGGAGAUGAUUGUACUACUGAGAAAUGAUACAUGUUCUUUAUUUAAUGUCUAGUUUGUUUUAAGCCCUGAAACUAAAUUCACAUGAAGAACUGUAGUCGGAAAUUUGUGGGCAGCUUAAAUAAAAAUGCUAAUAAAAGAAAUAAGUGUAAAUAGAUGACUUAGAACUGGAAAGACAAGAAUCUUAAGUCUUAUCUUGUCUUAUCUGACUAGGUCAAAUGCCACCUCGAGUCCUUCUGUAGAUGCACCAGCAAUAACAAAGGGAUGAUUGACUUAAGAGCUUUGACUUAUAAAUGACUAAUGCUUACACAAACAUUUCUAUGUUGUGUGUCCUGUUAUUGUCCCUGGUGUGCUCCAGAACGUCCUUGGGUGAUACACAUGUUGGUGUAUUUGCUUCUGAUUGUUGCUCUGGAAGAUUCAGAAAUACAAUUCACAAUCAGAUCACAGGGAUGUGUGAAUUUUGUUUUAGGUUGUGUGUGUGUGUGUGUGUGUGUUGUAAGAAUUAAGUAAGUCUUUAUUUAUACUUAAUUGACCACUUUGAAUCCUAUUUAAUAAGUAAUGUUAUAACAUUUAAAUACUUAAUGUGAGGAUACAUAAUUACCUUUGUAUUUGAGAUUAGAAUUAAAUCAAUAAGCGCUAA